GCCCACUUUAUAAUACGUAGAGCGCAUGCGCGGACCUUUAAAUUUCCGCGCGCCCCAUUGGCCGAGGGCGCCUCGGUGAGCACCGCCCUUCGAGGCGUUGACCAAUCGCGUGCAGCCAUGGCGAGCGGCGCCGCGCAUGUGCGCUACCAAAUGCGAGCGCGCGACCCGGAAGUUCUGCAAAAAGGCGGGAGAAUUUUAAGCGGGAAAAAAAACUCAACCAGCAAAGCAGCAGCGGCCGCAGCCGCCGUUCCGUUUCGUAGCAGCAGUAAGUACUGACAAUUGCAGCAGUAUUGCAAUCGUCACUGUAGCAACAGUAUCAUCGGCAGCAAUAGUAUCUGGAGUAGUAUCGGCAGUAAUAAUACAGUUAGUGUGUGUGUGGUACCAUCUGCGGAAGAACUGCAGCACCGUACCAUCAACGACAGUUGUGGCAGCAGGGCUGUAGCAGCAGCAGUACUCUAAUAUCAACAGCAGCAGAAGAAUCUGCAACAAUACCCAUGUCGGACAGCCUCGUGUUUCGGACGCCCACCAAGGGGGCGGCCGUGUCCGUCAUCCGGCCCGUGCCCCGGCCGCCCGAGGGUACCCCGACGAGCCCGGGUCUGGGCGACUGCAUGGUCUACCCGUGGAAGUGGGGAGAGAGCGCCGGGCGCGCCGAGCUGAGCCCCGGGCCACGGCGAGCAGCGUCCCCGAACUUCGCGUCCAGCCCCGACACCCCCUGCAAGGACAGCGGCAAGCGUGGGCGACCCAGGGCCGAGGUGAUCCGGGAACUCAUCAACGCCGGCACCCUCUCCCCGAGCCACAUCCGCUGCCGUGUGUGCAGCCGCGUGUUCCCGCGGGAGAAGUCGCUCCAGGCCCACCUCCGCACCCACACCGGCGAGCGCCCAUACCGGUGCGAAUUCCCGAACUGCGGCCGAGCAUUUGCACAGAGCGGCCAACUCAAGACGCACCAGCGUCUGCACACAGGCGAGAAGCCGUUCAUCUGCUCAGAGCCAGGCUGCGAGAGCAGAUUCACUCACGCGAACAGACACUGCGCCGCCCACCCGUACGCUCGCUUGAGACGCGAGGAGGGCGACCCGGCCUGCUCCGGAAUGGAGGAAAAGUCGUCGCACAGCCGGCGAGACAACCAGGAAAACUUGGACGAGCACAAUUGGGCGGACAAUUCCAAUUGCUGGAAACCCAAGGAGAGUGGAACAGCCCUGCUUCUGAAGGAGAGAGGAAACGACUGGGAUCUUGGAGUCAGCCCCGCUCGCGACCUGAACCCCACUCGCGACCUGAACCCCACUUGCGACCUGAACCCCGAUGACGUGACCCAGAGGCACUGGCAGGGGGCGGAGCAGCAACUGCCGCUCUCUCCGCCUUUGUCACCCGCCGAGCAGUGGCAUGGCGUCUCAGCUCUUGCCCAGCUGGCAGAGCUGGCCGCAGAAAUGCCCUCCCUGUAAUUAGACGUACGUUAUUUACCUCCCACCCCACCCACCCACGUCCAUUUCCUGCGAGCUUCCAGCUCACAUUUGCAUUCAUUCACAGCAAUGUGAGACACCUUACUGGUUUUUGGGUAACGGGAGAAGAAAAGCCAAUUGAAAGUGCCAAGCGCAAGUGGCUGAGUCACAAUUGUUCGUCAUGGCGCACAGCACUCAAAUUGUUUCUGAAUGUUUGACGUUAACAUCAGUGGCCCUGUUCGUUCCUUUGGAUGUUAUAUUAGCCUAUAAUGGAUAACGCUGCAGUCUGCUAUGCUAGACAAGUGUGCCGUAUGUAUUUAUGUUAAGAACAUGGCGAGACGACAAUUUAACGUAAAGCGAGUCCACGCAACGCCAGUGGCGAUAUCCUUGGAGCUUCAAUUCUUGGAACGCUCGCUCUGACGACGAGAACGUAGUUGCUACGACAGUCGAAUUUGCAGGAGUAGUACGAGUCUUUGGGCAUCCCAAAGAUGAGCAGGAAGAGUUAUGGGCCCAUCUUCCUGAAAAUAGGGGAAGCCGUCUUGAAAUCCUCGCACGGCCUGACGACCCCUGUUGACGCUCUCAGCAGUCUCCACCUCUUCAGUCUCUUAUUGGCUUCUGCUCCUCAUAGCGCGGCUGUGACAAUAACAAGCACGCUACUAUUGGCACUAAUAGUUUACCAUAACAAAAAAAUAUUUGUACAGAGCCCUAUAACACCCAUCGACAUUCCUCUCCCGCAAUGGUAAUAAUUAUGAUAAAUCCCAUUUCACCAAGGCACCCAAUCCCAAAUUUACUUACAACUCCUACAAACCGAUGCAGCAGCCAUCGUUUAACUCGAAAACAAGUCACGCCUUGUGGGAAAUGCUUCGUUUUAUCCACAGGCUUUUAUUAGAAAGAAGUGUAAAUCCUAAGUUUCCAAAUCUAAACCAAAACCUUUUGCACUUUUGUUCUUUGGAGGCCUUCUUGGGUUUUGGCCCUGUACAUAGAGGGUGGGAGGGGGUAAAUCUGCUUGUCUGUUUGAUACGCAUUGUAAAUUUAGACCUUUUGCCAAUGUUUGUAUAUUCUGCUUCGGGCUUCUGGCUAUCAGUGACACUAAUUGCAUUCAUUCUCUCUGUUGGUUUGCAUACAGAUAACUACAUUUUAAAAAGUACAAUAGUAUGUUUAAAGUAAUUGCGUUUUCAUUAACAAGACCGACCAGUUACAUAGUGCACUUUGACGUUUAUUCACACCCUUCCGCGUGCGUUGAUAUUCGACUGAUAAGGUUAAGCGCUUGUGUAUUCUAACUUAACUGUAGAGAAAGGAAUAGUGAUUGUAUUCUUAACGUAUAGAGCCAACUUAAAGCACUGCCCUGCACAGACGUUGCAGUCACGAGGCUUUACAGCUUCUGGAGUUGAAGUGUGAUUUUUAAAAAAAUAAUCUGUUUUACAGAAGGGGAGUUUAUAGCAGGGCGUUUUGAUAUAAAUGAGCCUGCCAUUGCAGGCUGGGAGUGUGAACACGGAGGUAAUUGUGGAUAUGAUUGAUUCGUUAAGACGUUUAGGCUCUGGCAGCAGAAUUGUUUUGAAGGCAUGGGUCUGAUCAUUGCCACAAAGAGGUGUUUUAAAACAUCAUUGGCAUCACCAGCCAGAAAGCCCUCCUGAAUGUGUCAUUGUAUGAAUGUAUAGUUUUUAUCUUAAAUAAAAAAAAUAUAUACAAGUACUUAAA